AGAAUCCCGAAAUUUUCUACCCACAUUGAAAAAGGAUUCGUCCUUUUUUGGGUUUUCUCCUUUGCGGUUCCACAGACAACACGUCGUCUUCGUCCCUGCAACCUCGCUUCCUGUCCAUCUUUUCCUAUCUCUCAGUUUUGGUUUCGGUACGUUUACGGGAGCUGAUUGUUGUUGGGGGCUUUGAAAGAUUGGUGGGGUUUACGUUUUCGAUUUGGGUUCGCGAUUUCUCUCUGGAAUUUUGCUCGUGGGAUGGUUUGGGCUUUGAGUACGGGUUCUUGCGGUUUUGGUGGUUGAUAGAUGGCAAAGUUGGCGUUUUUUGACUUGGUGAUCAUCGACGGGGAAGAUGGUUUUUGGAUUUUGACUUGAUAGCGGCUUCAAGGCUGCGGUGAGGAAUUCUGUUCUUUGGUUUUGAAGGAUUGCAUUCAUCUAAUUUGAUUUUUAUUUUAUGGAGCUCAGUAUGGCUGUAGAUUGCAUCUUAUCCAAUGAUAGGGGUUCUGUUUGAGGGUUUUUGUUGAUCAAAUUUGAGGGAUUUGGAUUAGGAAUUCAAGACUUGUGAAUUGGGCUUUUGGCUCUGUUUGCUGCACAUUUGUGUUUUGCUGGUUGUAGAAGGAUAGAUGGAUUUUGGUCUUAAUUGAAGCUGAUUUUUAGGGAGGAAAUGAAGUUUUGUUCUGUGGUUCUGUCUCUCAAUAUGCUAGGAGAUUGAGAAUUUGACAUUUCUUCCUUGUUGGUGUUCAAUUUUGAAAUCCUUAGAUGUUUACUGCUGAUUUGUGAUUGUAUAAAAGAAUUUGAGAUGGAUGACGCUCAGAGCAGCUCAAAUUCACUCCCUCCGUUUCUUGCAAAGACAUAUGAGAUGGUGGAUGAUCCUUCCACAGAUACAAUUGUUUCAUGGAGUCAAAAUAACAAGAGCUUUAUUGUUUGGAAUCCACCAGAGUUUGCAAGUGUGUUGCUUCCUAGGUUCUUCAAGCACAACAAUUUCUCUAGCUUCAUCAGACAGCUCAAUACAUAUGGUUUCAGAAAAAUUGAUCCAGAACAAUGGGAAUUCGCAAAUGAGGAUUUUAUUCGAGGUCAACCUCACCUUAUGAAAAAUAUCCACAGAAGAAAGCCAGUUCACAGCCAUUCAAUGCAGAAUCUACAAGGUCAAGUUGCUCCAUUAACAGAGUCAGAAAGACAGAGUUUAAAGGAUAACUUUGAGAGACUUCAAAAAGAAAAAGAGUGCCUUCUUUUGGAGUUAAAGGUGCAUGAGCAAGAAUGUCAUGGAUUUGAGUUGCAAAGGCAGCAUUUGAAGGAGCGCUUGCAAAUGAUGGAACUUAGACAGAAAAAGAUGGUUUCAUUGGUAGCAGGAGUGGUGCAGAAACCAGAAUUUGCCUUAAAUCUCACACCACAAUUGGAAAAUAAUGAUAGGAAGAGAAGGUUGCCAAGAAUGGGUUAUUUGUAUGAAGAAGCUGGCACUGAAGAUGGUGAGAUAGGAAAUUCCCAAAUUAUAGCUAGAGAAAAUGCAGAUGUUGUAUUGUUGUCGAACAUGGAGUUGCUUGAGCAGUUAGAGUUAUCCAUGGCAUUUUGGGAGAAUGUAGUACAUGAUGUUGGCCAAACCCUUGAUCAACUUAAUUCAAACCAGGAAGAGGAUGAAUCAACGAGUUGUGCAGAAAGCCCAGCUACAUCUUCUGUACAGCAUAAUGUUGAUACUCAGUCAGAAUCCCCUGGGAUUGACAUGAACUCUGAGCCUGUUGCCUCUAAGGAACAUGCAGCUGGUACUACCACACCAAUGGCAACUGGAGUCAAUGAUUUAUUCUGGGAACAAUUUUUGACUGAAAAUCCUGGUUCAGCCGACACACAGGAAGUUCAGUCAGAGAGAAAAGAUUCUGAUGGCAAAAAGAACGAAACCAAACCUGAUGAUCAAGGCAGGUUUUGGUUGAAUAUGAGGAAUAUAGAUAAUCUUGCAGAACAAAUGGGACAUUUGACACCUGCAGAGAAAACUUGAUGUUGGUUGAUUAUACUUUCCAGUUUUUGAUGUCUCAGUAUAUCCUAUGUAAUAAAUUUAGGCAUGAUAGUCUGACUUGGCAGUAAGUAGAUAUUCCAUGUAUUUAGUUAAUCCUUUUUGCGCAUAUAGUGAUCUGUUGUUGCAUUCAAUUUCCAUUUGUUCCUUGAUUUCAACUGUUACUCUUGAGUUACUCAUUUUUUGCUCUAAUUCAUUUUAUGGUAUGCUUCUGAAUAAUUACAAACUUUCAGU